UCCCCCUCUUGUCAUUUCUAAACCUGUAUAACUUUCUUCAGCUGAACACAAAGAGAUUUAGAAAAAUGUCAAUAAUCUAAAGUGAAUGCGUUGCAUUGGUUUUGUGUGCAUACAAUAGAGGUGAAUGAGUACUGUCGUUGUUUAAAAAUCUUUUGUGUUCUGCAAAAAAACAAAGCAAGUCAUACCCUCUUGACAUAUCAAUCCAGUGAGUAAAUUAUGACCGCAUUUUAAUUUUUGGGUGAACUAUCCAUUUAAAUAUUGUUUGGACAUUGAUGCCACUGCAUCAAAACUGAUGUUGUUUUCCCACUAGAUGGCAACACUUCCAAAGGUCUACAAGUUAACAACUCUGUGUUCAGAAGUAUACCAGCUGCAAUAGUUUUUUGGGUUUUCAUUAAACAAGUUAUAUCCUACAAGUGUAGUUUUCAUAGAAACAAAGCACGCGUUUCAUUCUGGAGUAAAAUAUAAAUUACUUUUGUGAAAUGUGAUCAUUUGAAAAGCACCAAAAUAUUGGAUAUUACCUGUUGAUAACACAUAAGACUUUAAACACAUCUGUGCAAAUGCUAUUUUCUGAUACAGUUGUGUAGAGAUUCUAUGUACCUUCAGUCUGCCCUCUAUUUUAUGCCCCUUCUGUCAUUUACUCUGUCCUGUCGUCAUGACCACUGUUGCCAUGGAGAAGCAGCAACAAAAGGAAACGUAAUCCAGAUAUCUUGCACCCAUAAUAUUUAAUUCAUACGCAUAGACACCAACGUCUCCAGGUUAUAAAGCGGGAUGACAUCUUUUUUUUAAUGAAGAAAUUGAAAACUUGACUAAUUUCCAUGUUUUUAAUUUAAUAUGCACCUAUAAUAAUCCUGCAAAGUAACAUAGUAUUGCUGUAAACUGAUGCAUACCUCCCGCAUCACAGCCAUUACAAGGACAGUUCACCCCAAAAAUGAAAAUUCUUUCAUCAUUUACACAACCUCAUGUUAUGGCAAAUCUUACAUUUCUUUAAUCUCGAAACACAAAAUAUGUGGUGAAGAACGUCGGUCACCAAACACACUGGUCCUCAUUGACUUUCAUUGUGUGGACACAUUGAGACAUUUCUAAAAACAUUCUUUUGUGUUCAACAUGAGGUUGAGUAAAUCACAGAAAUUUUAUUUUUGAGUGAACUAUCCAUUUAAACUCACAAUAUAGAGAUUUAUAUUAAUAAGAAAUUUAUUGGUGUACAGUUGCAAUGUGGAUUCAUUCUUGGCACCCUCAUACAGGACCACAAAAGCAAACAGCCUUGACCAGCUUCUCUUUGAAAGCAGUUUUCUGUCAAAACUAACGUAAGCGUAAGCAUUUUUAGAAGCGGCUAUUUAAAAGAAUUGACCAUUUUUAAGCCCCAUUGUUAAGGGCCCCUAGAUUGUUUUGUGUAAAUUGAUCCUCGAACAGACACCACGCUCGCCCUCCCUCCCCUCUCUCUCUCCCUGUCUCUCUCUAUACACUGUUAUUUGCUUUCUUUUCAAGAUGAGACUGGCUUCGUGGGACCUUCUCUGAUUCAGGCCGGCACACUUGAAAUACCUAUAAGUGUUUCGGCCGCCAAUGGGUGAUCAGCGCUCCGACUGCAAAUAACCAACCACUGAAGGUUUUAUUGCAGAGGAGAAGAGGAGACUGCUUUUGUCUUUCCUCAAGUGGCCUGAGGCACAGCACCCUUUUUGUGUUUCGACUGCUCUUGAUUCGACCCUCCUGCAGAUUUUUAACAUCACACACAGCCUAAAAGAAGACCCUUGGAUAUCUUUCUCACCGACACCACGUGGUGUCAUAUCUGACAAACUUUUUUGGCGUCCUCGAUGGGAUUUUUAAUUUAGCCGUAACUGAGAGAAUUACAAAGGCUUUUUACGUUUGUCUUGAUUUUGGAUACAUUUUUUGACAUAUUGUUCCUUUUUCGUCUUUGGAGGUAAUCCAUCUCGGACAGCAACGGCAUCCAUGUUACAGUAUCAAAUUUAAUCCGGGUGACCCAUUUUGGGAAGGCAACACCAACAUAAGAGACGUAUGUCCCAGAGAUAGGAGUAGAUCUUUCUUUACCAAGAAGAGAACGAGAAGCAAGCAGCGUCUGUGGAUGUAGGACGUAGGUGGUGGAAAUUUAGAAGUUCAGUCAGUUCCAUGUGGCUGAGCUGAGAAAAUUGCCAGGAGUUUUCGGGAUUGCUUAACUAUUCAUCACCUCACAGAAAGACGAGAGGAAAGUGAACGCAACAGUCUGAGGACGCAAACAGGGACGCCCUAUAAUGCGGCCAAACGAAACAUUGUUUUGAGAAAAGGACCAAAAAGCUUUUCCAGGAGUAAGUAGAGGUUCGGCAAUCGUGCCAGCCUCUGUAAGCCGAGAAGAGGGAGAGAAUUAUCCAUAGUAGGACCUUCUCUAAGCGGAAAGGUGUCGUCGAGGUUGUGGCCCGAGGAGGCGUGGUAUUCAGAGGGGGGCAGUAUGGUGAACACUGGAAUGCAACUGAUCAGCUUUACCUGUGCUGUGACAGGAUGGAUAAUGGCUAUAGCGGUGACGGCGUUGCCCCAGUGGAAGGUCACAGCCUUCAUAGGCAGCAACAUCCUCACCUCAGAGAUCGUCUGGCAGGGAAUCUGGAUGAAUUGUAUCUAUCAGACCACCGGCCACAUGCAGUGCAAGACCUACGAUUCCAUGCUGGCUCUACCGCCUGAUAUACAGGCGGCACGGGCUCUCAUGUGCAUUGCCAUCUUCUUGGGCUGGUUGUCCUGCACCGUCUCUUGCUGUGGCAUGAAGUGCACCACCUGCGCCGGGGACGAUCGCCAUGCCAAGGCCGGCAUAGCUCUGUCCGGUGGGGUGCUCUUCAUCCUGACGGGACUGUGCGUCCUUGUGCCCGUAUCUUGGACAGCAAACAGUGUGGUGCAGGACUUCUACAAUCCCAAUGUUCCUCUGCAGAACAAGCGGGAGCUGGGUCAGGCCAUUUAUCUGGGAUGGGCGGCAGCCGUCAUUCUUAUGAUUAGUGGUGCGGUUCUGAGCAGCACCUGCCCGCACUUUGAGAGAGAAGGGUACAGACGGGGGUACAUGGGCCGUAGCUUUGCCAACUCAAGACCUUCUGCAUCCGAUCCUCCCAAGCCCAUCACCAACAGUUCCUUGCCUCUUAAGGAGUAUGUUUAGGGGGAAAUGAAAGCAGAUGUUCAUGAUUUAAAGCGGUAAGGAUGAAUAGGGAGACAUCUGCAGAGAAAUGUAAUUGGGAAUUAAAGGUGCACUCAGUAAAUGUUUUGUUUUGAUGGACUGAGACAUUUUUCUCACCUGUGCCACUUGAAGUCCAGUCAAUACCUUUCCUGCUUUUCCUGUCAUUACUUAAUAACUCUUUCUGUUUUGAUUUGGGGGAUUCCACACACAUUAUGAUGCAUAUUAUCACUUAGGCUAUUACAUUGUGUCUAAUAUGAAUAUUGUGUUUGUUGGUAUACUCUUUGGUUUGCUUGUUUAUUUAGAUGUUAAUGUAGUGCUUUAAAUAAUGGAAUAGUCUGAUAAACUCUUAAAGCUGAAGUGUGUCAGUCUCUGCUGAAGAAAAUGCAUUUCAGGGGUUCACCCAAUGUUAUCUCUCUACUUUAACAUAACAGAAUGCAUAAUUCAGCUUUAUAGAAAAUAAACUAGUCACACUGCAUGAUACAGCGGGUCAGUGAUCUCAACAUGGUGUUCCCCAAGGUCCAACUUUAUUUAGAACAAAACCCUUUUUGCAUCUCACUUGAAUGUACAUCAUUCUAAAUAUCUUAGAGAAGUAUUGUUGAUUCAGAGGUAAAACUUUUUAAAUGUGAAACAUACUGGGUACACCUUUAAUUUACAUUUGUUGUACACAAAGCUCUCUCCGUGUGUUAGAACUAUAGUAGUAUUGCAGUGGGUCCAAGAUUUUCAGCAUUGCUUGUUAGUCUCUUCGUAUUUUAUGCUCUCAUGAGAACUGUUGAUUAAUUUACGCUCCACUAUUUAUAUGAACCUUGUUUAAAGUUGUUUUGACCAUAUAUGUCUAAUUUAUUUUAAUUUGUCCAAUAGUAUUGACUUUAUACACCCAUUCUCACUGUUCUAUAAAAUAACUAGUCUUUAAUUGACAUCACAGCUCAGUGCUGUUGUC